AGUUCCAGAUCGCGUGUCUGGGCGGGCCGUACAUGGGUCUUGUGUUGUUGAAGCCCACAGCGACUGAAACGUGCUUGCGAGCGCACCGUCUUUUUCUUUGUCUGGUCAGAAUGCCAUGCUUGCUCCGGUACCUUGUUUCAUGCUUCCAAUCAAUUUUACCGGAGACUCGCCCUAUUCGCAUCGUGUUGCGCGCAAAUAAUCUUUUCGUGUGUCUACAUUUGACAUGGCCUUGAUAUGCAGGUGCUGAGGGGUUCAAUCGCAGCUUCCGGUUCUGGAAUCCCAGCAAUGGCCUUGACUUCACUGACUGACAGGACAGAUGGACCCUUGGCUGAGGGGUACUGCCGCCACUAUCAGUGCCCUCGGAGCCAAAUUUCUUGCGUCUUCCGGUCCCUCGCCGUCCAUUGCCUUUGUAUCUUGGCUAAGAACGGCUGUCAGACGAUUCGAUCCCACAAUUUUGUCCAAAGGCUGUGCUUCACACGCACGUGCGCUCGCCCUGCCACACUCCUGUGGUCCCGGCGAUUUCUGCCCCAAACAAUCUGUGGCAAAGCAAGUUUCAUCCCCACAAAAUGAUGUCAGAUCGCCAUAUUCAUUGUCCAAACUUUUUACUUUCAAGAAUAAAGAAGCUGGCGUGUUGCGUGAUCGUUAUCCGUUGCCGACUGAUGUACUACCGCAAGAUGCAGCAUCUGGGCUCGAAAUGACGUCUAAUAAUAAGUCUGGAAUGUGGUGGUGAACAGUGGAGAGACGGUAUCAUUAACCGUGAUUAAGCGACAUCAGAUGAUUUCUCGUGGUAGAUACACCCCAGAGCCCGCUUACAGCACUAAGCUCGUCGAAACAUGCCGAGGAGCGUACCUCUAUUCAACAAUUCCCGGAUUGACGACGCUCAGUGGCAAGAGGUGUAAGAUUGGAUCGAGAGCGUCAUUGCGGGUCAAUAUCAAGUGUCGUCGCAGGCAAUCCCAACUCAUCUCGUACUGGACUCGUACUGGAGAGCUCUGCGCGGGUGAACAUGUGAGUAUAGAAUGUCACAAACCAAAAUGGGGCGAUCUUCUGCUGCAUCAGAGGCCCUUGAAGGAGACUCGAUCUCUUCGUGCUUUGGUUGCUUGAGAAUGCGUAUAGGUUGUAGUCCACCUAGUACUAGACCACAGUGGAAACCUCCGGAACGUCAGGAUUAUGACAUGUCUCAGAUCGUCGUGGGGUCCUCGAGGGUGUGCAUUACUAG